AUGAUGAAUGAUUUAAUUCCUGUAGUCAACAAACUCCAAGAUGUUUUUAACACAAUUGGUAGCGACACAGUAGAUCUACCACAAAUCAUCGUUGUUGGAUCUCAAUCUUCUGGAAAGUCUUCUGUUCUUGAGAACAUUGUUCAGCGGGAUUUUUUACCUCGUGGUAGUGGAAUUGUCACCCGUAGACCGUUAGUGCUUCAGCUCGUUAAUAUUCAAGAUUCUGAAGAUUCAAAAGCUAUAGAAUAUGGGGAGUUUUUGCACAUGUCGGAUCAUAAGUUUACUGAUUUCUCAGAAAUAAGAAAGGAAAUUGAAGCUGAAACAGCAAGAGUUGCAGGGCAAAAUAAGGGAAUAUCGAGGUCUCCGAUUCAUUUGAAAAUAUUCUCGCCAAAUGUACUUAAUUUAACUUUGGUUGAUCUUCCUGGUCUAACAAAGCUUGCAAAACAAGUCGAUCCAGAAGGCAAAAGAACUAUUGGAGUUCUAACUAAAUUGGAUCUUAUGGAUGCCGGCACAAAUGCGUUAGAUGUUCUUACUGGUCGCGUUAUACCUCUUAAGCUGGGCUUUAUUGGGGUUGUGAAUCGUAGCCAACAAGACAUAAUGGGUAAUAAACCUAUGGCUGAAGCUUUGAAGGCUGAAACUAGGAUUAAUACUCUCAUCAGUCAAACUACGCAAGAACUCUUGUCUUAUGGAGAUCCUGUACUUGACGAAAAGACUAAUAAAGGAGCAUUAGUAUUGAAAUUAAUUACUAAAUUCUCAAAUGAUUUCAUUUCAUCGAUUGAUGGUACCGCAUUAGAUAUAUCGACAAAAGAAUUCCCAUGUGGCAAUCUUUCAGUACAAGAUAUUCGAACCGCUAUUCGAAACUCUACUGGCCCAAGGCCAUCUCUAUUCGUACCGGAAAUUGCAUUUGAUCUUUUGGUUAAGCCCCAGAUUCUUUUACUCGAACAGCCAAAAGUUGUUUCUGAUUUACUUCGUGAAAGACUCAACCCUACUACGUCUUAUGUGGAAAGUUUAAUCAGUAUUCAGCGUGCAUAUGUCAACACCAAUCACCCAGAUUUCAUUGGAGGUGCGGGAGCCAUGUCAGACCUCGUAAAAAAAAGUGAAAAGAAGAGAAGAGAAUUCGAAAAGCUUAAUAAACGGGUAAGGGGAAGGGAGGCUACUUAUCAUUUUGACGAUGGUUUACCAUUUUCAGAUAAAGAAUCUAGUGGCUCUAAAGAUAUAGGCUUACAGAAUGGCGUCAGCAAUUCCUCACGUGAAUCUUUUUUGACUUACUUCUUUGGGACUGGUAAUAAAAGUGAUAGAACGGUAUUGCCAGAUCAACCAUUACCUAUUAGAAAUGGUACAUCCGCUAAGACCGGAAUAGACAUGGGUGAAUUGGAAAAAAAAUUAGAUAAUGUAUGA